AUGUACCUCCAGCCGCGCGGCGCCAGCGCCGUCGCAGGUGCUCGCCUCCUGGCGAGAUUCCGCAGGGGAUUCGCUUUCCGCAUCGUCAGAGUGCCGAAGUCAGAUCCGCAGACCAGCAAGUACCGGGCAAUCCACGAGGAGCUGCAGAAGGCAACCAGGGAGCAACUGAUGACCGUGUAUGGCGUGCUGGCCGUGGAAGACACGCGCAAAAGGCUCGACCUGGACUAUGUGCAGCGGCUGCUCGAAAGGACAGUGGCCCUUGGCAGGGCGUUGCUGCCGGGGGACUACGCGAAGGUCUUCAUGGCCCUGCGAUGGGUGCCCGCUGCAGCCUCGGGGUUCACGAGCGACCUGAACGAGGGCGUUAGGCGGCUGGGAGCCAACUUCAGCACCAAGGAAAUCGCCCUCAUACUCAGGGCGUACGCGGCACUCGCCUCACGUUCGCUGACAACGAUCACGGAGCUGGUCCAAACGUUCAACAGGCAUAUCGCGGAGGCGGAGGUGUGGCACGUCAGGGAGGUCGCGUCGGCACUGGCCACUUUGAGGGUGCCAGUCACCGGCCCUGUGGAGACAUUCUACAAGCGAGCGGUGGCGCUGAUCCCGAAGCACAUAGCGGGCAUGCCGGCGGACGACAUCGGCAUCUUUCUGAAUUCGUUCGCGCGCCAGCGCGUCGGCCACGACGAGCUGCUGCACUUUGUGGACGCACAUGCAGACAGGCUCGUAUCGGAGGCGUCGCACAGGAACGUGGCGCUGAUCGCCAACUCAUUCGCUCGGGCGGAGAGGCACUCACGCCGGCUGCUGCAGGCGGUCGAGAGGAGGUUGCAUAGGGAACUGGAAAAAUACUGGGCGGGCAAACGCUCAACAGAGAUUUGUAUGGAGGUGCUCCAGCCGUAUGUUGGCGCUUGCUUGGAUGCUUCACCGUCACCGUCAGCGGCUCUCGGCGCGGCCUACCAAUGCGACGCAGCUGCUGCACCGGUCGGAGAUGCAGCAGACCAACUGCCGGCAGCACCGCAGCAAGCAGCUGCCCCCGCCAGCGCGGUUCCGCCCAAGGUGAUCGACGUGGCGAUGGUCUUCAACGCCUUCGUGAAACUUGAGGAGGACUGCACCAAGCUGCUGAACGCCUACAUACCCUGGCUGAACCACCACAUAGACUCCGAGUCGCCCACCCUGUCGCUGGUUCUCCUGUGCCACGCGUACUCGCGCGCCGGAAUCAACAACCGCGAGCUUUUCAUGAGGGUGGCGCAGAUUAUCCUGCAGCGGGUCAAUUCGCUGAACUGCCAGCAGCUCGGGUUGGUGGCAGUGUCGUACGCCAGGGCCGGCCAGCACGUCCCGCUGCUGUUCCUCAGACUGGCCGACGAAAUCAUAUAUAGGGGCACUGUCGCACUCAAGUUCAAGCGAUACAGCUUCGACUUCCAGUCGCUGGAACACCUGAUGCAGGCAUUCAGCCGGGUCGGCUUCAAGGACCAGCGACUGUACGUGGUGCUGACGACGCUGCUGAAGCGGCAGCUGCGCGCGGCCGGGCCGGACGACAUCAGCGGCGAGAUGAUCGCGUCGAUGCUGACUUCGAUGGCGCCGCGCCGUGUGGAGGCGUUCGUCCCGUUCAUCACCGACGCCAUCGUGCGCACCAGGGACAAGACGGCGUACAGCACGUCCGCGCUAUGCCGGGUCCUGAAUGCGUUCGUCAAGCUGAAGGUGUCUCACUCCAAGCUCACGGACUCCAUGCUGAAGGAGGUGAAGGACCGCGUGAACGAGUUCCAGAUCCCGCUGCUCAUUAACACGCUGAAGGCGCUGGCGAAGCUUAAACGCUACAACCUGGGCUUGGUGAAGGACUCGAUAAAACGCUGCUCACUCCACCUGGUGCACCUCACCACGCACGACAUCGCAAACAUGCUUAGCGCCUUGAACGAUUUCGCGUUCCGCAACACAUCGUUCCUGCAGAAGCUGGCGAUGUGCAUAAAGCACCGCAUCGCCGACUUCGACAGGAACCAGCUGCACGUGGUAUUCUCGCGGCUUGCUAUGUUACGCACGUCGGACGCGGACCUGUACCGGCAGUUGCUCCCGCUCCUGCUGAAGCACCAGCAUGAGUUCAGCGAGGUCCAGCUGGCCGACAUCAGCGUAUGCUACAUAUACGUCUUGGUGCACUUCGACUACCUGCAAAGGGAGUUGCACCUGCAGAGCGCCCCGCGCCGUGACUCCGAAGCCCUGCAGCAACUACAGCGAAUGCAGCAUCGGGAGAUAUCGCAAGAAUCAAGCAGCAAACCCGUAUCGCUGCAGCCACGUGAAGGUGAAUCGGCAGCAGACUUAUCGGAUCCUUGUUCGGGCGAGGACAACUCCGACAAUGGCGUCAGUGUGACGAAGGGUGGUGACCAUCGCAACGGCUACGAUGAACAACCAGUGGCACUCGCGUCUCAUCGCAUUCCUGACCCAGCCACGAAUGUGCUGCCGUACGGCUUCCAGGACGCUAUACUGGACGCCAUGCUCUCGCGCCUAGGCUCGAAGUUGGACGUGGCCACCGUCUUCAAGGUGCAGACGGUGCACCUCUACCUUAGGCAUAUCCGGCGUGACAUAUACGGCAAACUGUCUGCAAAGGCGCUGGACGUGCUGCGGAAGUGCUCCGCCGUCAGGUUUGCCCUGGCGGAGUACAUGCUCACGUCAUCUUCGGCGCAUAAAGAGGUGUCCCACCUCCUGAAUCUGAUGGGAGUGUGCCAUCGCAACGAGGUCCAAUUCGGGCCGUAUCUAAUAGACGUGGUCCCGGAGACAGGCCCGGCGCGCCGAGUGGCGAUCGAGUACGACGGCCCGGCGCACUUCUACGCCGAAACCACGAUGCGCACAGCGAAAUCGAUACUAAAACACGAGAUUCUGAACAGCGCAGGCUGGCAAGUGAUACACGUGCCACACCAGGAAUGGGCGCAAUUGGGUGGGUUUAACGUUGACUCACGUAUAUGAUACGCAGUGUCCACCAAGCAAAAGCUGAUUUACCUAGAGCGCAUACGGCGGCUUUACGAAGUUCGCCCAUGGCCCGCUGCACGGCCCCUCUUGACCCCGGGGCCCGUGGCAACGCAGGCGCGCCACUUCUCGUCGUCGUUGGAAGAGAAGCGGCGACGGCUGCUGGAGGUGAACGAGCAGAUACUGAAGGAGCAUCUGGAGAACGCUGAGGCCGGCACAGCGGGCUUCGAGCAACCUCGUCAGCCCAUCCCACCAUCUGCAACCGACCACAUCGUGGACGAGUUAUGCAACAGGCUCAUGGAAGGCAGCGGUGAUAUCAUCGAUAUAGACGCCGGGGAUGCCGGAAAGCCGGCAUCGCCGGAAAAGACAGACGCGAAAGCACGAAAACACUAG